CGGAAGCAGGGGGGGCCAGGCAUUGACAGACAGCGAGCAACGAGGACAAGCUUUUAGCUCGUUGUCAGCUCGUUGUCCUGCAGUCUUCGCUGCCUCGAGAUUGGAAGAGCUCUCUUCCGUGCCUAUAUCAGGAGGAGUCCUUCGCCGCAGCGACAAGCAACUCGCUCGAGCCUUGUCGAUACCGAGCUGCGAGGGAGACAGAACCACCGGCGAGCGUCACAGAGUGGUCUCGCCUCGACGUGACUCGAUUGGAUUUGCCACAAGCGCGAAAAACUCUCGUCCUCUCUCUCACCAUAUUCUCACGCGCGUUCCAUCAAACCAUCGCGUCGCCAUACCACCACCCAGCGCCGCCAUCCCUCGAACCUUCUCUUUCCGUUUUAAUACUCGAAUCUGCCUCUUGAGUCGGCACAAAAACCACCACCCAGCGCCGCCAUCCCUCGAACCUUCUCAUUUCAACGCUCGAUUCUGCAAGCCACUCCGUUCAACUGCCACGUUAGCGUCUCGAUCGUGAUUGGCCGGAUUCUCUCGCCCGAGUCUCUUCGUCGCGCACCUCCAAUCUUUCGCCAUGGCCCGUCAGCACGUCACGCUUCGACUCGCGCCGCUGCUCGUUGCAGUCACACUAUGCGCCGCCGUUGCCGCCGCCGCCGCCGCCGCACCCGCUCCGCCUCCUCCCGCCGUUUCAUCGUUCUUCCCUUUCCAAAUCUCCGUGGGGUCGAUACAAGGCGGGAACCUAUUCUUCGGCGGCACGCAGACUCUAAAGGCAGCAGCGCCGCCGCCGCCGCCGCCGCCGCCGGGGAAACGGUGGAAUCGACGAGGAAACGACGGAGUCGCGGCGACGUGCAGCGCGUCGAGUCUGAGCGGAUUCACGUCGUCUAAAACGCUGUCGUCCGGCCUCGUGCUCCACUGGAAGGCCACCACGGGGACGACCGUCGAAAUGGAGUUACAAGCCACGUCGGCCGCCGUGUCGGGCGGGUGGUUCUCCGUGGGGUGGUCGUCGGCGGGCAAGAUGUAUCCCUCGGACUGCAUCAUCGCCAACAGCGCGGGCGCCGCCAUUGGCGCGUACAGCAUGACUUCGUACUCCUCCUCGGACAUCACCACCGCUUCGUACUCACUCGGCUCGCCCGCCUACUCCUCUGGCGCCGCCACGUUUUCCAGAACAGUGGGCACCGGCAACAAGAUCUCGUUUGUCAACGGCCCCAUGAAGACCAUCUGGGCCUACUCCGACGGCCCUUCCACCACUCUCGACGGCCACGCCGGCCACCGCGGCAGCACCACCAUCGACUACUCCUGCGACGGCACGGCCACCCCCUCCCCUCCUCCCCCUGCCGCCACCCCCUUCCCCCCGCCCCCUGCGAGUACCGCCUCCCCGCCCCCCCAGCUAGCGCCUCCCCAUCCCCUCCCCCGCCCUCCACCACGCCCUCCCCUCCCCCGUCGUCCCCUCCUGCUGCGGGUGUGGCGUGUCCGGCGUCCACUCUUGACGGGUUCGACUAUCAAGUGGAGCUCGGCGGUGCACUCAUGCUCCUGCACUGGACCUUCGCCAGCAGCACAUCCAUCAAGUUCGCAAUGGAGGCGCGCGCCAGCACUCUAUCCAAGGACGGCUGGAUGGCUGUUGGAUGGUCAGGCAGAAAGGGCAAGAUGAAGGGCUCAGAUGCAGUCAUCGGGAACCUGCCAGGGGUGGCGGCGGUGCAUAUGAGCGGGUAUUCCAAGAAGCUUGUGAAGCAAACGAGUGCGUUCUCUAUAGGGACUGCUGAAGUUGCUGCCACCACCGAAGGCGGCACCAUGAUCACGUUCACACGGGAAGUAGGCACGGGCGCGGUGCCCAUCGUCCUGAACGCCACCAACUACCUCAUAUUCGCCUUCAGCAGCACGGCCUCCAAGACCCUCGCCUUCCAUGCCUGGAACCAGGGCGGUCUUGCUGUGGACUUCUCGUGCUUCAGGAAGCCUUCUUCCCUGUGGGGCGGCGGGCCCGACUACUCAGACGACUCCGACUACGACAGCAGCUUCCGCGCCGCAAGCGUCGAGGACCCAUCGGCUGGUGCGGCUUUGAGCACCAGCAGCCACCAAAACAGCUUGCAAAGGCAGAAGCCUUUGGGCCAGCAACACCACAAUGCUGCUGUUGCUGCUUCCGGGAAUGGUUUGACAAAUGCUGGCUGGUGGGCCCGUAAGUCGGCCUUUUGGAAGGCCAUUUUUGGAGGGUGAUCAACGUGGCCCGUGAUAGGAUGGCUGGUGGGGUAUGUUUUGAGAAAUAUUUCAUCGAUGUCUUAACCCAGCGUGGUUUGGCGCGGUGUAACUGUGUUGGAAGGCUGCAACGAAUUGAGUGUUUGGGUUUGCAUGUACAUGCAGGGUUGGGUUUUUAUCAGCCGCAGUAGAGAGCUAGGGGAAACCAAGGAGCCAAUGAGUGCAGCCUUGGUGGCAAGGUGUACAAGGUUCCAUAAUUUAUUUACCACAGGUAAAAUUGGACAAGUUUUGAA